CAUCGUCAUAUUUCACUUUCGUCACCCAAGAGAGAAGUUAUCAUGUAUUCGAGUAUUUAAACUUACCUGAUGAGAAAGUGAACUCGUCUGCAUUGUUAAUGUACUACUGAUAUCAGCUGAAAGUUGACACACAAGUUGUGUUGAUAUCCUUUAAAUACCAUCGUCGAAUAUAUUACAUGGACACUUUGUAACUCUUGGACUCGACAACCACUUCGUCAGCAAGCCUGACCGAGGAAGCACUUUCCUGACCGUUCCACUUCAAUUUCCGAAAAAGUCAAAGAGCACCGACCAUAAAUUGAUGUUGUGAUAUUUCAUCCAAUCAAAAAAGAGAAAGUUUCGGGUAUAGGGCUUGUCGUCUCGAUUUGAUUUGGAGUUGAUUUAAAGUCAAGGAUUGGUGGACAGCAAACGUACAUUGAUCGAGUGUUUUCUGUUUAACAUGGACAAAGGUUUUACCAACAUGCUUCCUACGACUGACAACCAACAUCAAGACUCCAACAACAACGUCACCACUCCACCAGGAGCAUCUCACGGUGCUGUAGCAGCCCCGUCAGAGGCUCGUCAUCAUACCCUCUUCAUGCCCUACGCCGAUGUUUCGUCCAGCAGUUCAUCAAAGACUUCAUCAGCUGCUGCCGUCAUCAUGAGCCGGGCCGUCACGGGAGGUGAUGUCGCUGUCCCUUCUUCGAUCGGCCACCACCCAACCUUGCUGCCGUACCCUACGGCUCACACCAUCCCAUCGGCACAGACGUUGGACUUUCGUCACUCGACCCAUCAUCAUCCCCUAUCACGAUCACCUAGUCCUCCUGUCAAGGGUGAACAUCUCAGCGGCGAUGAACACCAGGACACCCUACUGAAUGGUCACUACUCUCGGGACUCUAGCCCAUUGGGAAAGUGGGAUGAUCGCCUCUCACCAGACAGCUGUCCUGACAACCUAGAGUUUGGCCUCCACAAGACGGAUUCUUCUUCUCCACCAAAUUCUGCACUUCGUGCUGACCCACUGGACCCAUCACAGGUUCGCCGAUACCGCACCGCAUUCACCCGGGAACAGAUCGGGCGACUUGAAAAGGAGUUUGCCCGUGAGAACUACGUAUCCCGACCCAAACGAUGCGAGUUGGCCACCGCUCUCAAUCUACCAGAAACAACUAUCAAGGUCUGGUUUCAGAAUCGUCGUAUGAAGGAUAAACGUCAGCGCAUGUCGAUGUCUGCAUGUUCCUGGCCACACCAUGCCCAUUUUGACCAUCACCUCUACUCACUCAUGUUGGCUGGUAGACUGCCCCCAUACACAUGCCACGCCCCUUCACCACUCAGCUACUACCACCCACUUGCUGGAGCUGCACCUGUCGCCGCCGCGGCAGACGCCUACUCUCUUCACCUUCGAUCUCGAGCUGAGCUUCUACACGGUCUCGGUGCCCACCCUUAUGCUAGACCAUUUCCGAACCCCGCUGCCACUGCCGCCACUCACCAAUCCGACAUCCUCGCAGCUAGAGCUGCCGGUGCAUCUCUCAUCUUGCCACCAACCAAUCUACCUCCACCACCUUCGGCUGCCCAACCAGCGGUCUCAGCAUCAUCUCCCUGUGGAUGUCACCACGCCCCAGGAGGAUCGCCACAUCGCCACUCUUCUCCGACGGCACCGAGCACAAGCUCGACCACGCCCGUCACUACCAGCUCCUCGUCUCCGCACUCUAGCCCGGUCACUGGUACGCCCGAUCACCCAGCAGUUGUUCACGUUCCAGCGGUUUUGUCGACACCUCACCCUCACCCUGCGGUUCAUCACCCUGGCUUAGCCCUUCAGAUCCCCGGAGGUUUCUAAUGGACUCACGGUGGAAUCCUGCUCACACUUGCCUACGAUACUCAUGAUAUUACUGAACUUUGUGUCAGCAUUUUAUCAGUAGUAAAGUCAUUUUUUACGGCAGUUAUUGAAUCGUUCAUGUUCAUUUUUUGACAACAGUUAUUGAAUUGUUCAUGUAACAGUUACAAUUCAAUUCGUUACUGGCAUUAUUUCUAUUCAACUCUAACCAUAUUUGAAGAAUAGUAUCAGCUGAUCUCAGCUAAAAGGCUUUUGCUGUUAAUGGUUGAUAAAAUGCACCAUCAUAACCUCAAUGCUGUAAAUUUGCACGAAGAUACCUUUCAUGCAUUAUCUUCUAGGCCAAAUUGCUUGAUAUUUGCUUAAUUUCAUAGCCCCUUCACGGGUUUAUAGAUUAUUUCUUGUUAUUCUAUUGUUGUCUUGCCAACUAUUUGGUGAACCUGUAUUGGGGCAGUAAUUGGUUAUGGAUUUAUCCAUGUACAUUGACUAUUGAUAUUUUAUGUAUUGAUAUUUUAUUGUAUUAUGUAUAGUGUAUCUUAUUUAUUAUGUACAUUUCAGACAGUGAAUCAAGUGAAUGUUUUGAUUGAAUUCCUCAAUAAUAAACUGAAAUUGAAUUGUA